AAUUGGGGGGCUGACCUGGCUUCCUCUGUUUCCUGCAGGGCUCAGGGAAGCUGUGCAAGAAGGUCUGGAUGUCCCUUGUGAUCACUGAUACUUGAGAGCCAGAAGUCUCCCCAUGGCUUUUUAUCGCAUCCGACAGUACCAGGAGAAGGACCACAAAAAGGUCCUGGAAUUGUUCUCUAGGGGCAUGAAGGAGCAUGUCCCUGCUGCCUUCCACCAUAUGCUGACACUGCCUCAGACUCUCCUGCUCUUACCUGGGGUGCCUGUGACCAUAGUCCUAGUGUCUGGCUCCUGGCUCCUGGCCACAGUAUGCAGCUUCCUCUUUCUCCUUUGCCUGCGGCUCCUUAUCUGGCUUUCUUGGAGAAAUUACGUGGCUACAAGUUUGCAAGCUGACCUGGCUGACAUCACCAAGUCCUACCUGAAUGCACAUGGCUCCUUCUGGGUGGCUGAGUCUGGAGACCAGGUAGUUGGCAUAGUGGGUGCUCGGCCAGUCAAGGACCCUCCAUUAGGGAAGAAGCAGAUGCAGCUUUUUCGCCUGUCUGUGUCCUCACAGCAUCGAGGACAGGGGAUAGCGAAAGCACUGGUCAGAACUGUCCUCUGGUUUGCUCGGGACCAGGACUACAGUGAUGUUGUUCUUGAGACCAGUUGUGUGCAGUACAGUGCUGUGGCUCUCUACCAGGCCAUGGGCUUCCGGAAGACGGGCCAGUACUUUGUGAGCAUAGCCACAAGGUUAAUGGGUCUUUCUAUCCUCCAUUUCACCUACUCUCUCCCUUUUGCUUGGGGAUCAGGGAUGUGACCUGAUAUCCUUUGUUUGCCUUGGAGGCUCCAGUUCACUCUGCUGUAGGAACAGGCCAUCCCUGACAUGUUCCUGCUACCAAUCCCAAGGGCUCCCUUUGCACUCCUUUCAGAUGCAGNCAGGCUGGUGGUGACCUGUGGGUGUUGGCUCCAUUCUGCCUUUUUAAGUAUCUCUCUUUCGUCUUUCUAGUGCCAUGAUAAGAUAGCACAAAACCCAACUGAGUUGAUCCUGCACACAUUUCACUUAGGAAUCUGUUAGCUGUCAGUUUCAGCUAGGUGGUCUCAAGACCUCAAGGCAAGCAACCUUGCUGAGCUGAAGUUCCAGC